CGGCGGGCUGCCUCCGGCGCAAAGAUGAGCCUGCUGGUGCAAAAGCCCCUCGCAGAGGCCCACGUGCCCAAAAGGCAUCUGCACUCCGACAAAGCCUCCAAAGUGGGCCGCCCAGCGCCCAAGCGCCCGCGUCUGGACAGGCUGCCGGGGCCAACGCCCAGCCUCCGCCCACUGCCACCUCGCUGCCCGCCUGCCGCGGACCAGGGCUUGACCGCUGCUCAGAUUGGCCCCUACAUCCUCCUGGAGCCCACCGAAGGCGGGCGCUGCUACAGGGCUGUAAACAGACACACCGAGGAAGAGCUCACCUGUAAGGUUUAUCCAGCUAAGAGCUACCCAGAGGUGGUGGCUCCAUACGCUGCUCUCCCCGUGCACCCCAACAUCGCCCGUGUGGCGGAGGUCAUCGUUGGAGACCAGAACGUUUACCUCUUUUUUGAGCUGGGGAGGGACAACAUGCAUGACCUGGUGAGACGGCGCAAGCGGGUGCCGGAGCCAGAGGCUGUUGCCCUCUUCCGACAGAUGGCCGAAGCAGUCGCCCACUGCCACCAGCACGGCAUCGUCCUCCGGGACAUCAAGCUGAGGAAGUUUGUCUUUGCUGACAGAGAAUGGUCCAGGUUGCUGCUGGAAAAUCUGGAAGAUGCACAGGUGAUGCUCGGCCCCGACGACUCUUUGGUGGACAAGCACGGCUGCCCGGCAUACGUGGGCCCCGAGAUCCUAAGCUUCAAGGGUUCCUAUUCAGGAAAGGCAGCUGAUAUCUGGAGCCUGGGCGUGGCGCUCUACACCCUCCUGGUGGGCUGUUACCCAUUCCAGGACACCAAGCCAGCCUCCCUCUUCAGCAAGAUCUAUCGUGGGCGCUUUACUGUUCCAGACGACCUCUCGCCCAAGGCCCGGUGCCUUAUCCGGUGUCUCUUGCGAAGGGAUCCGGCCGAAAGGCUGACCGCCAGUGGGAUCCUCCUCCACCCUUGGCUGGCUUCUAGCCCAAUCCCCAGGGCUUGGUGGGUCAGCCCCCCAGGUGUGCAGGGACUGGAGCAAGUGGUUCCUGAAGCGGGGAGCUGGAGAAAUAGUUCGGACACCCCACGAGAAGAGGCCAGCUGAGGGGCCUUGGGGGCGGAAAGUGCAGAAGAAGGCACGCAUCUGGCGUGGCAGGCAGACGGACAGUUCCCUUGCCUCCUUGAUUCCGUAUCUCAGCAGCCUCGGAAGUGCCUUUUGGUGGAGAAGCACCCUUCACCUUUGCCCUCCCGUGGGGCAGAUGUCACUGGGCCCCCAAACGUGGGGAGAGGAGGGUCCCUUGCCCCUUUCCCCUUUGCGUUGCAUCCUGUGCCAAAGAGCUUUCCCGUCACCAGCAAACUCUCUUGUUCUCAAGGAGGGCUGUUUUGCACCUUUAAUUUGGGAUCUGCAUUGCUGAUCUGGGGAAAGACUCUGGAGAGACCCCUGGAAUGAUUGGAGAAAGAGAUCUGGGGUGAGGGCCUGAUGGCAGAUCCACCCUUUUCAGCAUCCGAGGGCCGGAUUUCACGAUCCACAAUUUCAGCGGAAGGGCGGGAUUGAAAGAAACUGCUCCCCUUCCCCUGGAGCCCAGUUUCGAGUGACCCACACUUUGCAAAGCUGAAGAUCACUUUCCCUGGUGCCAAAGAAAAGGCUGAUUUGCAAGAUGGGACUGAUGCUUUCUGGUGGGGAGGAGGGGGUAGCCUCAGAGGGAAGAGUCCAGGGUGGGCACCUUGGAUUGGCUUUUCCUGUCUUUUCUGACACCUCCUAGAAAAUGGGGUAGCCCUAAACUGCCUGCAUCCCGCUAUGCUUAGGACAGAUACCUGCACUAGGAGAGGGUUGAAUUAAUCAGUGUUUUUCAACCUUGGCCAGUUUAAGAUG